AUGAAGCUGCUGCUGCCCUGCAUCUCCUUCCUGGCCACGCUGACGGUGGCACUGGGACACCCCGACCCCGCGCUGGACUGGCACUGGCAGCUCUGGAAGAAAACCCACGGCAAGGAGUAUCGCCAUGAGAAAGAGGAAGGGGACCGGCGUGCGACUUGGGAGAGGAACCUGCGCCUGGUGACACUGCACAACCUGGAGCACUCCCUGGGGCUGCACUCCUACGAGCUGGGCAUGAACCACCUGGGGGACAUGACCAGCGAGGAGGUGGCGGCUCUGUUAACCGGGCUGAACGUUCCUCCUCAACCAAAGCGGAUCUCCACGUACCGACCGCAGUCCCACGGCACAGCCCCGGACACGGUGGACUGGAGGGAGAAGGGAUGCGUCACAGAUGUGAAGAACCAGGGCGCCUGUGGGUCGUGCUGGGCGUUCAGCGCUGUGGGAGCCCUCGAGGCCCAGGUGAAGCUGAAGACGGGGACGCUGGUGUCCCUCAGCGCCCAGAACCUCGUGGACUGCUCCACGAUGUACGGGAACAAAGGCUGUGGGGGAGGAUUAAUGACCAGCGCUUUCCAGUACAUCAUCGACAACGAAGGGAUUGACUCGGACGAGUCCUACCCCUACACGGCUCAGAACGGGACGUGCCAAUACAAUGCUUCCACGCGAGCCGCCACUUGCUCCAAGUACGUUGAGCUCCCGUACGCUGACGAAGCGGCCCUGAAAGACGCCGUGGCCAACAUCGGACCAGUCUCUGUCGGCAUUGAUGCCACCCAGCCCACCUUCUUCUUGUACAGGUCAGGUGUGUACGAUGAUCCCCGGUGCAAGCAGGAGGUGAACCACGGAGUGCUCGUGAUCGGCUACGGCACCUUAGAUGACAAGGAUUACUGGCUUGUGAAAAACAGCUGGGGCGUGCGUUUUGGGGACGGGGGCUACAUCCGCAUGGCAAGAAACCACGCGAACCAUUGCGGGAUCGCCAGUUACGCCUCUUACCCGCUCAUCUAG